AUGAUGAUGACGUGCCGUCUGCUGUGCGCCCUGUUGGUGCUUGCCCUGUGCUGCUGCCCGUCUGUGUGCGCGGUAGUGUCUACUCAGCCUGAAGUCAAAGCUGCUGUCGCCACCAGUCCACAGUCCCCUUCAUCGGUGACACUAACACAGGGAAAAGGUCAGUCAGGGUUGUUAGGUAAUGGGUCCGAUGCGGAUCUGGGAAUUACUGCAGUAGAGGGACCAGCCCCGACCGCUGCAGGUCCGGAAUCAGGUGACGUGUCUAACACGUCACAAAAUCAUGGUUCUGACGGUACUCCAGGACCAGAAAUCGGCACAAGACAAUCCACAGAAGAAGCAAGUCAGGAAGCCGAAGAUCCUGCCGAGACGACCACGACAACCACCACAACACAGGCACCAACUACGAAUACAGAGGCGCCAACAACGAUGACCACCACCCACGCACCGUCACGUCUUCGCGAAGUUGACGGCAGCCUCAGCAGCUCUGCGUGGGUGUGUGCCCCGCUGCUGCUCGCCGCAUCCGCGCUGGCCUACACCACCCUGGGCUGA